CAAACGCGUCUGCUGUUUCUUUCUGUUGGUUUUCAAGCUGACGACUUCACUAUUUCUAGAGUGCGAUUGAAUUUCUUUUUCUUUUUUUCUUUUUAAAUAUCUGUUAUUACUUAAAAAGAAAAAGUUCUUUCCAAGAAAUAUCUCCCCCAAAUUUGCAGCGAUCACACGUUACUCCAUUUUUAAUGCAAAUUCAGUCCUUUUCAAAUGCACCAUUUCGUUUCGUUUCAUUCCUGAAUCGAGUUGGAGCUUUCAUAUCGAUUCCAAACACAACCAAAAAAAACCCUAGAAUUCGAUACUCUAAUUCUGUUUAGAGCCAUUCUUGAAGCCAUUUCCCCCAUUUAUCCGGUUAUUGACUCGUUAAAUUAACAUAAAUUCUCAUAUAUACAUGUCAAGAUCGCUAUCUAACCCUUGUCACCUCCAAUCCAUUUGACGUUUUUCUCUUUGUUUUCUUCUACAUCAUCGUAAGUAUUUUUCUUUUUGGGGAUUUUGUGGAUUGAGCGUUUAAAAGGUACAAUCAGAGAAGGGUUUGUAUGCGUCGAUUAAUGGAAACAACAGGUGUUAGCGUUGAUCCUACGAGUUCUGAUAAUCAUGCGACUAAUAGUCCGAAUUCAUCAAACCCCACAUCACCGACGAUGCGGAGGAUAAGCAGUAGCAGUUCUUCGCCGAGAGCGAUGUCGUCUUCUCCGUUUCCGAUAAUUCGUUUCUUACAAGCACCUGUAACUACUAUAAUUGAAUACUCGGGUGUUCUUCGACCUAGGUCGAAUACCGAUUAUCACGAAUCAGAGAGCUUGAUUUCUAACCAUCAUCAUCGUGAUCAUAACUCGAGUGGUUCCGGUACUGCUAGUAAUAGAAGUAGUAAUGGUGAGAAUAGCAAUGGGGAGGUUUCGAUUCGGAUAAUGGGUGGUGCAGACCAAGAAGAGGAGCGUGGUGAACCGGUUGCGGUGAACCGUGAAGAUGGCGGAGGAGAAAGGGAGGUGGCUGAUUCCGGUGAUGGAAGUGGUGGUAAUGGUGGGAGUAAUAAUAACGUGGAUUCAGCAUAUCAACAGCGGUAUGAUUUGCAGCAGGUUUCAAGGUGGAUUGAACAGAUUCUUCCAUUUUCUUUGCUGUUGUUGAUCGUUUUCAUUCGUCAGCACUUACAAGGUCUAUUUGUUACAAUUUAUAUCACUGCUUUCAUGUACAAGUCUAAUGAUAUUCUACGGAAGCAGACAGCCUUAAAGGGGGAGAGAAAAUUGUCUGUUCUUGCUGGGUAUUGCAUAGUUUUCAUGCUUCAUGUGAUUGGAGUUUACUGGUGGUACCAAAAUGAUGAUCUUUGCUAUCCCCUUUUCAUGGUUCCACCAAAAGAAAUACCACCUUUUUGGAAUGCUAUUUUCACCAUCAUUGUAAAUGAUACGAUGGUAAGGCAGGCAGCAAUGGGUUUUAAGUUGGUAUUGCUUAUGUACUAUAAGAAUGGCAGGGGCCAUAGCUUUCGUAGGCAGGGUCAAAUGCUGACUCUGGUUGAGUACACACUUCUGUUAUACCGCGCAUUCUUACCUGCCCCUGUUUGGUACCGAUUCUUUUUGAACAAAGAAUAUGGGAGCCUCUUUUCAUCUUUGACAACAGGCUUAUAUUUAACUUUAAAGCUCACAUCAGUUGUUGAGAAGAUUGGAUCCUUCUACGCUGCAUUAAAGGCACUAUCGCGGAAGGAAGUCAAUUAUGGAUCAUAUGCAACGGCAGAACAGGUAAGCGAAGCAGGAGACCUGUGUGCUAUUUGUCAGGAAAAGAUGCAGGCCCCAAUUUUGUUGCGCUGUAAACAUAUAUUUUGUGAAGACUGUGUCUCCGAAUGGUUUGAAAGAGAAAGAACUUGCCCGUUAUGCAGAGCUUUGGUGAGACCUGCAGAUAUACAAUCAUUUGGGGAUGGUUCAACGAGCUUGUUCUUCCAGUUUUUCUAGAAGACCUUCCGUAUUCAUGUUUGGCACUCUCUUCUUCAACAUAAGCAGUAAUUUUUUGGCAUUUCCCCCUCAAAUUGUACAGUUGUGCCUAUUAUUAUUAUUAUUAUAUUAUCAUACAUCACAUAUACAUACACAGCAUAUAACAAAAUGGGAGAGGAUCUUUACACUCAACACACAUAACUAAACACUUUGGAUCCCAUAUAAUAAACACAGCUUCAAACAAACUUCUUACUUUGACAUUUUUACUCAUAAAAUGUGGUGAUGGGGAAUUCAUGUGAAAAAGGCUACACAUCACUCGUAAUCAAAUCGACUCAAAUAACUCUUUGGAUGGUUUCCUAAAGCUGUAGAAGAUGUUUGAAAUCAAGAGCCCAAUCGUGCGCAGAAAGUAAAUCACAAAAUCCAUGUAGGUUUGUUUCUUAUUAUAGAUUGUAUAAAGAGACCAAAUCCUAUAUAAUAAUGGUUGGUAUUCAUAGAUAUUAAAUACAAAUUUCCUCCAAAAUGGAUAAGCAUCUACAUAAUAAUGGGUAGAUGGUAGUUAAAAAUAGUUAUUGGCGACUUGGCGCAACAUCUAUGACGGAAUACACAAAAACUUAGAAGGUGUUUGGGAUUGUUUAUUUAAACUCUUUAUUAAUUUAUUGCGGUUUAGUACUCGUAAUAAAGAG